AUGGCCAGCUUUUAUCCCCAGUCAACAGCUUACACAAUGAAUAACGACCAAGCUCAGCCGCGGUACUCGCGAUCUAUGUCCAAAUUCGACAUUGGCAACAUUGUUGGCGACCCGUUUUUUCUCACAACAAUCGGUAUUGGAUUUCUCGCGUGGAUAAUAGCAUUCGUCACAUCCGCCAUAUCAGAUGCAAACGGCAGCUUUCCCAACUUCGCCUGGUGGGCCGUCGUCUACGAACUAUUUUGUAUUCUAGGUGUCACCGUCGUUGUCGCGUCUAAUUCGAUAUACUCCUACAAUGUCGCCAUUGUCGGAUAUUUAUCUAGCGGUUUGGUGCUUACAAGCUCCUCUGCAAAUACACUGAUUUAUCAAAAGAGCGGAACUGAGCAGGCUGCUGCUGCUGGUCACAUUCUCCUCUCCAUGAUCUCAGUUCUUUGGAUCUUUUACUUCGGAACUGCUCCAAAUGCUGUUACACACCACUACAUCGACUCCUUCGCCCAGCGACCGCCUCCAAGUGAAUAUGGCGCCCAUCCUGCUUCGUACUACGAUUCGCGACGACCUGAGACGACCAUUAGCAAUAACCCCGUCCCCCAGAUGUACACUUCUGCUCAACUCAGCGGCUUGGAAGCUACCUCGCCACUGCCAAUGGGUGGAAGCGUCGCCGACCGAUCGUCGCAGGCUCCCAAGUUCGGUGCUCCACCGGGAACUUCGGGCGGUGCCAGUGGAAGCAUGGCUCCAAAGGAGGAAGAUCAGAUGGACAAGCCGACCGAAUACCCAUACCGCGCAAAGGCUAUUUAUUCGUACACUGCCAACCCUGAAGACGCCAACGAAAUCUCAUUCCAAAAGCAUGAUAUCCUGGAGGUCUCAGACGUCUCUGGUAGAUGGUGGCAGGCACGUAAAGAAACUGGCGAAACAGGUAUUGCGCCUUCGAAUUACUUGAUCCUACUGUGA